UUAGAACGACAAGCUCUUUUCUCCGCGGUUUAAUCAUCUAUGAUCGCAUUCGUCAAAAGGGGGAUCAGUUUUCUCUUCUGUUCCCGGAAAUUGGAAUAAAUAAAAGGAGCACCAGAAAAAUAAGAGAAGAGAAGAGGAAAAGAAAAACGGAAGACAGAGAUGAGGAAAGAAGACACGGUCAAGCUUAUCAGCGCCGAGGGGUUCGAGUUCGUGAUCAGUAAGGAACCGCCAUGGUUUCGCAGACAAUUCGCAACAUGCUCACCUCUCCAGGGAGUUUUGCGGAGGCUCAACAUGGGGAGGUGACUUUCCCUGAGAUAAGCACCACUAUUCUGGAGAAAAUCUGCCAGUAUUUCCACUGGUCUCUUCAGUAUGCUAGUGGUAAGGAAACCGAGUUCCCAAUUGAACCUGAACUGACUCUGGAGCUUAUGAUGGCUGCUAAUUACCUGCACACUUAAACUAGAUUGGUUAUUUUACUUCUUGGUGGCCAGUCUUCUAUAAUGGUAAGCACACAGUAUCUAUUCUUGCUUUGCUGCUGCUUUAGUAUUACAAACUGAUCUUGUGAUGCUGGCAACACUUCGCAGGAUCAUCGAUAGGCGAUGCUUGCCAGGAUGAUUUAGGACUGCGCUUGGUGUGUGGAAUUGCCAGUUAGGUGUGCUGUGGUUUACUAAGCAAACUUGUAAAAACCUCGAUUUAACCAAAGAAGAAGUCGGGACAGAAGCUAGCAAAAUGAAUGUGGCCAUUAAAAUAUGUACAUUUGCUGUUGUAAACUAAUCAGCUGCCGUGGAAUGAUCUCCUCCAACUUCCAAGCAUUGCUUUCUUCUGUGCGUUUUUUUUUGUUGGUAUUGUUGAUGUAAACUUUGCCUAUUAUAUUUUGGAGAAAUUUAGGGUUGGCAACGGGCGGAUCGGGGACGGAUUCAUACCAUCCGUGAGCAGUGUCGGGUUUCCCCGUCCCCGUCCUCGGCCACUCAACGCGGCCAAAACUGUUACCGUCACUGUGAAGCAACGGAUUCGGAGAAACCACGGGUCCCCAUUACCCGGUAGAAACACAAAAUAAUUAACAUAUUCAAAC